CUGUCGUCAAUCGUUCUGUGCUCGCAUGUGCGGAACAUUGCCAAAAAGAUCGUUUUCAAUGUCUAAGUUCAUGGCACGUUUGGGCAGUCGUCGGCGCGGUGUACCUCAGCUGAUGCUCAUAAUGCUCGUGUCGCUGUCCGGUGCGGGAAGUGUGAAUAGAUGUACCACAAACGAGUGAAAGUAUUACCAAUUUGUUCGUGAUCGCUCGUUUCACUCGUGUCUGUGUGUGUGUGUGUGUGUGUGUGUGCAAAACAAACCAAACAAAUGUCUGCAUUUGCGCAAUGGAUUAAGCGUUACCCUGUAGUACGAGGCAUGAUUACGUACAGUUUUCUAUGGCCAACGGGAUGUUUCAUUCAACAAAAACUCUCCGGCAAAAAGCUUGAUGAAAUCGAUUGGAAGAAGUGUUGGCGAUUUUUCUUCUACGGUGGAUUCAUUGUCGCCCCAUCGUUGUACUGUUGGAUACGGGUAGCCUCGAUCAUGUGGCCAAACCAAAAUCUAAAAUCAGCCGUUGCCAAGGCUUUGACGGAGCAAAUCAGCUAUACACCAAUGGCAAUGACUGCGUUCUACUUCAGCAUGAGCCUACUGGAGUCAAAAACUGUGGAGGAGUCACUAAACGAAGUACGAGUGAAGCUGUUUCCUACUUACAAGGUCGCACUGUGUAUCUGGCCUUUCAUACAAACAUUCAACUUUUCCGUGGUUCCAGAAAAAAAUCGCGUACCUUUCGUCAGUAUGUGUAGUCUACUGUGGACCAUAUUUUUAGCUUACAUGAAACAAAAAGAGCAAAAGGAACUCGAAGCCGGUAUUUUCGUAAAAUAAUGUAAUGCUCUGUAAUGGCAGGAGCUAUUUUACAUUAUCUCAAAUGGUAGAUACAAAGCCAUUGCACCGAUUCAUACAAUGCUGAACGAGGGUCGGGUUAAAGGUUGAUUCUUCGUUUACUUGGUAAAACAAGUGCAGUACUUCUUUAAACUACCAGUAACGAGUAGAUAGUAACGUCAAAAAGAAGCACUGAUCAAUCAGACAUCAAAUCAUUGUAGUGUGCGCGAAAUCCAUGUAAUAGUAACUAGUUUUUGUAAUUUGUAAUCUUAUUCGGAUAUUAUUCUACUAUGUAUAAUCUAUAUAUUUCAAAAUAAAAUAUCAACGAUAAGUCACGUUAACUAGAAAACAUCAA